AUUUUUAAAGAAACAAAUCCUAGGUAUUUGUACUCCCUCUUCCCUUGAGCUUGAGUUCAUGGCAAGGAAGAGCAAACACUCUCAAAAACUCACACUCCCAUAACAAGAGAGAAAAGAGAGAGUUUUCCAAACCCCAAAAUUAUGCAAACCCAAGAAGAAAAGUUUGGAAUUUGAGGCAAAUGUCCAUCCAAUCCCUCCCCUUCAUCAUCAUCAUCUUCUUCUUCUUCUUUAAUUCCUCAUUUUCUGCACCAAACCAUGAAGCUUCAAUCCUCCUCUCAUGGCUUCACACCAGUUCUUCCCCUGUUUUCUCAAAUUGGAAUGUCCUUGACUCAACCCCCUGUAACUGGACCUCCAUUGUUUGCUCUCCCCAAGGAUUUGUCACUGAAAUCAACAUUGUUUCAAUCCCUCUUCAGCUCCCUUUGCCCUCGAAUCUAUCCUCUUUUCAGUUCCUUCAAAGGCUGGUGAUUUCUGAUGCUAAUCUCACAGGCCCCAUUCCCUCUGACAUUGGUGACUGCUCUGAACUCGCUCUCAUUGACCUCUCCUUCAACACCCUCGUGGGAACAAUCCCCACAACCUUUGGAAAGCUCGAGAACCUUGAGGAUUUGGUCUUGAACUCCAACCAGCUGACAGGGAAAAUCCCAGUGGAGCUCACCAAUUGCAGAGCCCUCAAGAAUCUGCUGCUGUAUGACAAUAGGCUGAGUGGGGGAAUCCCUUCUGGGGUGGGAAAAAUGGGGAGUCUUGAGAUUCUCCGGGCCGGAGGAAACAGAGACAUGGCCGGAGAAAUCCCAGAGGAGAUCGGAAGUUGCAGGAAUUUGACCAUUUUGGGGCUUGCUGACACUCGAAUUUCAGGCCCUUUGCCUGGUUCUUUGGGCAGACUGCAAAAGCUUCAAACUUUGUCCAUUUACACCACGAUGGUCUCCGGCGAGAUCCCGCCGGAGUUAGGUAAAUGUUCUGAGCUUGUGAACUUAUUUCUUUAUGAAAACAGCCUCUCUGGCUCUAUCCCACCGGAGAUUGGGAAGCUGCAGAAACUUGAGCAGCUGUUUCUAUGGCAGAAUGAGUUGAUUGGAGCAAUCCCACCUGAAAUUGGUGGGUGUGUGAGCUUGAGAAAGAUUGAUCUUUCUUUGAAUUCUCUUUCUGGGGCUAUUCCUUUGACAAUUGGGGGGCUUUCUUUGCUUGAGGAGUUCAUGAUUAGUAGCAAUAAUGUUUCUGGUUCGAUUCCUUCAAAUCUUUCCAAUGCCACAAAUCUUUUGCAGUUGCAGCUUGAUAGUAAUGAGAUUUCUGGUUUGAUCCCACCAGAGUUGGGGAUGUUGUGGAAGUUGAAUGUGUUCUUUGCUUGGCAGAAUCAGCUUGAAGGAAGCAUUCCUUCAAGUUUGUCGAAUUGUUCGAAUCUUCAAGCGCUCGAUUUGUCGCACAACUCGUUAACGGGCAGCAUUCCUUCUGGAUUGUUUCACCUCCAAAACUUGACUAAGCUUCUUUUGAUUUCCAAUGAUAUCUCUGGGACAUUGCCACCUGAUGUUGGUAACUGCAGCUCUCUUGUGAGGAUGAGGCUCGGGAGCAAUCGGAUUGCGGGGGAGAUUCCCAAGUCGAUGGGGGCGCUUAAGAGCUUGGAUUUCCUUGAUUUGUCAGGAAAUCAUCUUUCAGGGUCUCUGCCUGAUGAGAUUGGGAAUUGUAGAGCUUUGGAAAUGAUUGAUCUCAGCUACAAUGGACUGAAAGGUCCAUUGCCCGAGUCAGUUUCUUCUCUUUCUCAGCUUCAAGUUUUGGAUUUUUCAUCUAAUCAAUUUGAUGGUCAAAUUUCAGCUACUUUGGGACAUCUUGUUUCUUUGAAUAAGCUCAUUCUAGCAAGAAACUCUUUUUCAGGAACAAUUCCCACAUCACUGAAACUCUGUUCAAGUCUGCAACUACUUGAUCUCAGUAGCAAUCAGCUGACCGGGAACGUACCGAUCGAGUUAGGUUUGAUCGAAUCACUUGAGAUUGCUCUCAACCUUAGUUUUAAUGGCUUGACUGGCUCAUUGCCUUCUCAAAUGUCUGGACUUACUAAGCUCUCUGUUCUAGACCUUUCACAUAACAGGCUUGAGGGUGAUUUGAAGGCACUUGCCGGGCUCGAUAAUCUCGUCUCGCUUAACAUUUCUUUCAAUAACUUCACUGGUUAUCUCCCGGACAACAAACUUUUCAGACAACUAUCGCCAACUGACUUGGCUGGCAACAAUGGUCUCUGUUCUUCGAUUCGGGAUUCGUGCUUCUUGACAGAUUCGGGCAAGGGAGGACUUGCGAGAGACGGGGAUGAUACGGGGAGAUCAAGAAAGCUUAAGCUAGCAAUUGCGUUGCUCAUUGUCCUGACGGUUGUGAUGAUAGUAAUGGGGGUGAUCGCUGUGAUUCGGGCUCGAACAAUGGUUCGAGACGAUGAUUCGGAGCUGGGAGACACAUGGCCAUGGCAAUUCACACCAUUCCAGAAGCUGAAUUUCUCUGUUGAGGAAGUGUUGAGGUGCCUUGUGGAUGCUAAUGCGAUCGGAAAAGGGUGUUCGGGGGUGGUUUAUCGAGCGGAAAUGGACAACGGAGAAGUGAUUGCAGUGAAGAAGCUGUGGCCAACAUUGAUGGCAACAGAUAAUAGCUACAACGACGACAAGUGUGGGGUUCGAGAUUCGUUUUCUGCAGAAGUUAAGACUCUAGGCUCGAUUCGCCACAAGAACAUCGUCAGGUUCUUAGGCUGUUGUUCGAAUCGAAGCACGAGGCUCCUAAUGUACGAUUAUAUGCCGAAUGGUAGCUUGGGAAGUCUCCUACAUGAGAGAAAUGGAAAUGCCUUGGAAUGGGAUCUUAGGUACCAAAUCUUACUAGGUGCAGCACAAGGCCUUGCCUAUUUACACCAUGAUUGUGUCCCUCCGAUUGUUCAUAGGGACAUUAAGGCCAACAACAUUCUCAUCGGUCUUGAAUUCGAGGCUUAUAUCGCAGAUUUCGGCCUCGCCAAGCUUAUCGACAAUGGAGAUUUCGGCAGGUCAUCCAACACGGUUGCAGGUUCUUAUGGUUACAUCGCUCCUGAGUAUGGCUACAUGAUGAAGAUAACCGAGAAGAGCGAUGUCUACAGCUACGGCGUUGUCAUAAUCGAAGUCUUAACAGGAAAACAACCGAUCGACCCGACGAUACCGGAUGGACUACACGUGGUAGAUUGGGUGAGAAGAAAGAGAGGGAAUGAAGUCCUUGACCCAAGUUUGCAAUCAAGGCCAGAGACAGAAACAGAGGAGAUGAUGCRAGUUUUAGGCAUAGCCUUAUUGUGCGUAAACCCGACACCGGACGAGCGACCGACGAUGAAAGACGUGGCGGCGAUGCUCAAAGAGAUCAAACAUGAAAGAGAAGAGUAUGCAAAAGUUGAUGUGCUGCUAAAAUCUGGCUCCUCCCCUGCAAAUAAUGGAGGGCAAGAGAACAACAACAACAAGAGCUCAAACAUCAAUGGAGUUACAAUUUCAGCAGCAACAUCUUCUUCAAAAAUGGCAACCAGAAGUUUGCUGCCUAAAAGCAAUAACACAAGCUUUUCUGCUUCCUCAUUGCUCUAUUCAUCAUCAUCCUCUAAUGGCAGAAAGAGUUGAAUUUUUUGUAAAAUAGAUUGAUUAUGCUAAGCCAAAAAUUGGGAAGUUUGUUUAUUUGUAAGCUUCUUUAUCAACCAAAAAAAAAAAAAUUAAAAGAAUUUAAAAACAUUGCUGGCUUUUCAAUGGUGUAAAAAAGAAGGAAAAAAAGGAUUGAUAUUUCAUGACUUGAAACUAAUGUAGACCAAUGUUUGUGAUCCAUCCAGCCAGUUUAUUCAAUAAUGA